CCGCGACGCUCCCGAGCUCCGCGCCUGCGCACUCAGCCCGUCGCCGCGCCGGCCCCGAGGACGUGCGCACGCUGCCUUCGCGGUUCUUGGGCUCUGAGAUGCGCGGUUACCGGGCCUGUACCAGCUCCAGGUCCAUAACGAGGCAGAAGCCUUUUGUUUGUCCUCUGCUGGCAGAUGAUUGUGUGCAUUGCUUCCACCUAACCCUCACCUGGUGGUGUUUCGUUUAAUGGACCACUGCGGAACUAGUAAUUUUUUGCCUCUUGCUUGCACUGUUAGGAGUAAACAUCUGUGGAGUUUAAGAACACUAUGGAGCUCACCAGAAUAUAUCACUGAAGAAUAUGAUGGCUGAAAACAAUUUUAAAAUGCUAAAGAUUCAACAGUGUGUAGUAGCCAACAAACUACCUAGAAACAGGCCGUAUAUUUGCAAUAUUUGCUUCAAGCAUUUCGAAACACCAUCAAAAUUAGCUAGGCAUUAUCUCAUUCAUACUGGUCAAAAGCCAUUUGAAUGUGAUGUGUGUCAUAAAACAUUUAGGCAACUAGUUCACCUGGAGAGACAUCAACUAACUCAUAAUCUGCCCUUUAAAUGUAGUAUUUGUCAACGCCACUUUAAGAAUCUGAAGACAUUUGUGAAGCACCAACAGCUUCACAAUGAAACUUACCAGAAUGAUGUGAAACAGGUCAGAAGAUUGUUGGAGGCCAAGCAAGAAAAACCAGCGCAUGGAAUGUAUCAGACUCUUACCACAGAGGAGAGAUGGGCAUUACACCCAUGCUCCAAGUCUGAUCCUACCUACAGCCCUACAAAGAAAAAAAAGAACAUUCACGCAUGUACAAUCUGUGGCAAGAUGUUUCCAUCACAAUCAAAACUUGAUAGGCAUGCACUUAUUCAUACUGGUCAGAGGCCUUUUAAAUGUGUCCUGUGCAGUAAAUCUUUUCGACAGUCAACUCACUUAAAAAUCCACCAACUCACGCAUUCUGAAGAAAGACCUUUUCAAUGCUGUUUUUGUCAAAAAGGAUUUAAGAUUCAAAGCAAACUUCUGAAGCAUAAACAGAUCCAUACCAGGAAUAAGACUUUUCAGACUCUUUCAUUGAAGGUGAAGAGUCCAGAAUCAUGCCCCCUGCCUAAUAAAUUAAAUGCAAAGCAGGAUGGCUUUGAAAAUGGUGAUAUAGGUGAACCCGAGGAGAAUAAUCAUCUUGAUGUCCACUCCAUUUAUAUUGUCCCUUUUCAAUGUCCAGAGUGUGAAGAAUGUUUUGAAUCAGAGCAGAUUCUCAAUGGACACAAGUGUUUUCCUGCCAAAGGUGGCAAAAUUCCAAGCAGGCUCAAAAGAAGCUACAACUAUAAAACCAUUGUUAAAAAAAUCUUGGCUAAGCUUAAACGUGCUGGGUGUAAGAAAUUAGACAAUUUUCGAUCAGAGAAAAAAGUAUUUAGAAACGGUUUCUUGAAAAAUUGUGAUCUUAUUUCAGACGAGCAGAGCCCUGAACAAACCCAGAGAACAUUUAUGGGUUCUCUGGGCAAACAUGGAACAUAUAAGACAGUUGGCAAUAAAAAGAAGAAAACAUUGACUUUGCCAUUUUCUUGGCAAAAGCACUUCCAGAGCCAAAAUAUGGGAAAGAAUUUAAAAGGUAUCUUUACGCCAGAGAACAUGUUAACUAUGGAUAAUUCCAUGAAUAAUAAAGACAUAUCUGUCUAUGGAUCAUCAGGUGAGGAAUUUUUUGAUAACUGUGAAGUGCUUCAGUGUGGUUUUUCAGUUCCAAGUGAAAACAUACAUACUGGACAUAAGAUGUGUCCCUGUGACAAAUGUGAGAAAGUGUUUCCUUCUGUAUCUAAACUACAAAGACACUAUUUAAUUCAUACUGGACAGAGGCCUUUUGGCUGUACUGUUUGUGGGAAAUCUUUUAGACAGUCAGCUCACUUGAAAAGACAUAAAUUAACUCAUAGUGAUAAGAUUCCAUAUAGAAAAUCUCUUUGCCAAGUAGAAUUUGAAAAUUUGAACAAACUUUUCAUUCAUCAGGGUGAUAAUGUUAAUUAUAAUGCUUCCCAACCAUGUCUGACUCCUGGUUUUCAAAAAUAUGAGGUUUCAGAGUCAGAUCAAAUACCAGAAAUCAAAGUUAAGGCAGAAUCAGAGGAUUUCAUUCUUGGUACCCCCUAUAGAAACAGGCAGCCCUAUCUCUCUAGCGCGCUUCUGGAAUCAGAGCAGGGCCAUCACAGUCAUUGUUGUAGUUAUUCAGGGCAUGCCAAGAGGAAUGAUGGUCUUCUUUACCAAUGCAGUGUUUGUUCUAAAAGUUUUAGAUCCCCAUCUAAACUUGAAAGACACUAUCUAAUUCAUGCGGGGCAGAAGCCGUUCGAAUGCUCCGUUUGUGGCAAAACAUUCAGACAGGCUCCUCACUGGAAGAGACACCAACUUACUCACUUUAAGGAAUGACCACAAGAGAAAACGGUGGUCUUAAAUUCAGUUAUGUAACUGACAAAACCACUAACACAUUUGUCGUCACUUGCUGUUUAAGCCUGUAUCACUUAAAAUGUAUUUUUAUCAAAAGACCUACAUUAUAUUGAAUGAUUUCAUAGGCAAUUGCUUGUCCUGCAUAGUAAGAGGUAAGAUACAUAGAAAUUUAAUACAAUGUUUUAGGAACAGCCAAAUUAAUUUUUAGAGGGAGGAACUUGAUUUGAUGCCAUAAAGCAAGCGUUUAUUUUAUUUUAAUAUAUACUUGGCUGUAUUGAAAAUGUUGUGAAUCCAUGAUAUACAAAUCAUUCAGCCUCAUAUUUAAAGGAAUUAUUCCUUAAGACAUGCCAUCUCCUUUUAUAUAUACUCAAAAGACUUGAGAGGCAAAAAUUGGGUUUUGGCCACAGUGGAUAACCCCACUUUAUUUCAUGUAUUUUAUACCUAUAGCUGAAAUUCCAUCGCAAAAUUUUUCUUAUAAUUUAAAAAAUGUAAAGGCAAUAGAAGUGAAAAUGGGUGAGGAAAUAACAGCAUUAUUUCCAUUGGUCUUUUCCAAGCUAUUUACUCUUAGGACUCUGGCAGCAGCACCUCCUAUUCUACAGGUGAUUUGAAUUGUUUUCUUGCCCAGCCUGCUGUUAUCUUUCCCUCCAAAGUUUGAAGUAGGAGAGAGGCUAGGAUGCACCUCUAUACAUUUACCAUGUUUACUUAUUGGAAAUAUUGUCCAAGUGCCAUGAUCUGUUUGAUGAUGUGUAUGCAGUGUUAUCUUUUCAGAGGAAUAAAUGCAAUUCAACUACUUGCUUAUUAGUGUUUGAUAGCAGUAGUUGUAGACUUAAGACUCAUCAGUAGUUCUACAUCUCCACAAGACUUUUACAUUUACUUUAGUAAAACUUUCUUUUAAUAUCUCUUUGAGUGGUCCUAUGACUUAACAAUCUAUUCUGUUUAAGUUUGAUCAAAUGGCAUUGACUGUCUAGUUCUAGUUUUUAUUCCUCUGUUUUUUGCAAGACUCUAACGUUAAAGAAUGUUAUUUUGAUCAUUAGUAAAUUGUCAAUUUAGUUAGUAAGGUUGGAAUAAGAUGCUUAUAGAAUUGAGGGUAUCAUUCUAAAUGGUACUGUCAUAAUUUGGGAAAUAUUUAAAUCUUCAACUGUAAAAGAUGUAAUCAUAAAUUGUCCUGCAUAUUUGCCAGUUUUAAUAAAACAUCUUUAAGAAUGACAUAUCCUAGGAAUAAGAGAAAAUAAUCUUUUUCUUUCUAAGGUGAAAGAAACAAGUGGGCAUUUAUCCUAGCACAGUUAGAUAUACAUAAUGACAAGCCCUCUAUUGAGAAUGAAUAAAUGUACAAUUUUAAGUUUUGCAUCGUAAUCUAAAAACAGUCUGUGCUGGGGGAAGGAGGGAGAUGUUCAUCUGCUUCUUUUACAAGUGAAUUUUGAUAAACUUGGGUUUAAUUUAUAGAGAUUAAACAUAACAUUACCGAUAAAAUCCCAACGAUAUACAAAUGUGCAGGAGAAUCAUAUGUUUUAAAGAAUAAUUUAUUUUAGAUUUCCUUGAGAUAUAUUCCUCCAGUGCAAGCAAGAUGAUGGUUUACAAAAUUUGCUUUCCACAGAACUUUUCAAGAACACAUCUAUUACGUAAAAACAAGGAAUAACAAGUUCAUAUUUUUCAAGAAUAAAGAUUCAAGGUUUUUUUCUGUAAUAUUUCUAAAAUUAUGUAUUUGAGGAUUUUCCUAAACUAUUCAUGUAAUUUUAUUUGAAGUAAGUGUCUCACAUACUCCUUUCCCAACCCAAACAGGGAAAAUCCUAACAGUGUUGUAGUUGUAUGACUAUUAGACUUUAUUUGCCUAAGUGAUAACUACUAUAAUUUUUUUUUGGCCCAUGCCUUUUUAAGCUGUUUCAUAUUGAAAGUUGGCAUAUUGUAAAAAUUUUGUCAAAGAUAUACUGUAGUGCUAUUUGAAGUACCUGUAACAAAAUACUUAUUUACUUUUAUCAUCACUGUAAGCUUCUUGUGGAAACUUUAUAGGAAUGAAAAUAAACUGCAUACAUCCAUGAUAAGAAGAUUGAACAUUAGAUGUUAAACGAUGGUUUGCUGCAUGCUAGAACUGUUAUUAUUGUUGAAUCAAUUACUUUGGUUUUCUGAAAAAAUAAACUUCUAAAUAUCUUUAAAGCAAAGUAGAGGAAUUUUUCGUUUGAGCAGUUCCAGGCUGUAGCAUGAUUAUUUACUGAAGUAGUUUGAUUGAUGGAGUUAGUGGAAUUACUGUUUCUUGUUUUCACUGCAAUAGGGCCUAUACUUUUAGGACAAAAUGUAUGUUGAAGGAAAGAAGAUGGUGGUAAAGAUUCUUGGAAAAUUCAAAUUUCAGAGUAUUUUGAAAAUAAAGUUUCAAAUUACA